AAGAAAGUGGUCAGAAGUAAGAUACGAACCUAAGCUAUGAUGGGGGUAAAAGUGGAACCGUUGGUGCUGAUCCUUUUAGCGUUGUGGAUAACGGAGCCGGAGGUCGAAGGAUGCAUGUGUUUACGUUCACAUUUUCAGAGACGUUUCUGCUACGCUGACUUAGUGUUCCGGGCAAAGAUCAUUGAAGAGAAAAUGGUUCCAUGGUCCAGCUUCGAGAGGAUUCAGUAUAAAAUUAAAUUAAUUAAGAUGUUUAAAGGCUUUGAUAAAGUGGAUGAUAUUCAGUACGUCUACACCCCACCCUACGAUUCUCUGUGUGGUGUUAAACUGAACACCAAGAACAAUGCUGAAUACCUGCUUUCAGGUCGUAUGAGGGACGGUGAAACAGUGGAAGUUUUACUGUGUGGCAUCGUGGUUCCGUGGGAUCAACUCUCGUCAGCUCAGACAGAGAGUCUGAAAUUCAGAUAUCAGAAAGGAUGUGAAUGCACGAUUUCCAGAUGUUACAGCAGCUCCUGUAGCGCUCCUUCAGAAAGCGAAUGUAUGUGGACGAGCGAUCCAUACAGAGAUCAAACCAGCCAGCAUGUUUGCAUGAGAGGUGUCAGUGGUUCAUGUCAGUGGUUUACAGACACACAUGACCCGCAUGAGAAUGAUGUGAUUCAGGAGUCUGAAACAAGUGGGAACAGGGAAAGUAGCGCAGGAGGAAGUGGUGAUGGAGAGAACACUGACAAAAACCUCAUGUCUGAAUUCAACACUCGUGUACACUUCAAUCAGAAAUUACGGAAAAGAAGCAAUAAAAUGUAUUUCCAUGGCAAAGUGGGCUUCAUUUAGCCAAAUGCCCCACCACGAUGGCUGAUGUGAUGUUUUUUUUUAUUGUCAGCUUGCUUGCAAACUGUGUCAUGUAUUCUCUGUAUAGCUUGAUGUCCAUAUGUAUGUAGUUUAAAGAAAACAAACCAAACAACCAAAAAGAUUCAGCUAUCGUUGUUGCUGAUAAGCAAGUGCACUUUCUCUCAUUACUAUACACUCCGUUUGUUGUACUUCAAGUGGACACGUGUGAUGAGACGUCCACGAGAAUGUUCUGUCCUGAACCGCAGGGUGUGUGUUGCUCUGUUUAGUGAGUCUGCCCUGAACUAAAAAGAAUAAAAACAUAAGAUGCAUAAUAAAUGCAUUUAAUGUAAAA